ACCUGUGUAAAAUUUCCUACCAUCACUCAGUGAAGACCGUUUGCUUUCACAUGGUCACUUUCACCGACUUUGAAUCCUCGACGUUCCUCAGUAAUCCAAGCCAUAUUAAGGUUGUUUUUCAUUCAGCCUGUUGCUCGUUUCUUGCCUGUAUAGACGCAGCGAGUCGUCACCUCAAAUCCUUCAUAAACACCACGCCGCCCGGCACAUAUCCGCAGCAAUGGCCAAAAGCGCGAGAGCCAGCGUUAUCAAGAAGAACAACCAGAGACUCAAGGCAAAUGUCUUUGGUCCCGUUGAGCAGGCCAGAGCCGAGCGUCUCUCGGCGAAGCUGCUAGAAUUGGCAAAGGCUCCCAAGCCCGAGAGGGAGGCAGACACCAAGAUGGAUGUUGAGGAGGACGACGAUGGUGAGUUCCCAGCCAUUUUCCAAGGCCAUUCCAUGAGGCAAAAAGUUUCGAAACUGACGAUCCUAAAGCGGAAAUCAACGGUGACGAUGAGAAGAAGGAGGCCAAGGCGGAUGAUACCUCCAUGGAUGUUGACUCGGCGAAACCCAAGCGUCGCUCUGGAAGAAUCCAGAAGCAAAGGAAGAAGACUUCCAAGGUCGUCUUCCCCAAGUACAGCGACCGUCGUGGAGGCUCCAAGGGCGGAGUUUCCAAGAGAAAGUAAAGGCUUGUGUCCUUUCACUGGUCGUUCCCAUCGCCUUUUGCAGCAUCAUGGGCGAAGAGUCGCGCUCAUUCAAGAAAAAAGUAGCGCGCUCACCCGGCGAGUCUCGUGAUGAGGGACUCGUUCCUGGAGAUAUCCAAUUCCUUUUCCGGCGUUCUUGUGAAUAGUGGGAUACUAAAAUUUUCAUCGGUUAUUUUGGGGGGUCAUUUCACACUUUUCACCCCAUUGAGAGAGUACAUUGGAGAAGCGGUCAAAAAGUUGAUAGACGGGUAGACAUGGCACUGGGCAUGGCCAAAUAGCUGCCAGACGAAUAAUGAAGAAUCACUAUCAACCCCCGAUUUCUUCACGUUAAUAACCCUUUGAACGUACUUCAAUCGUUGAUACUCAGUGCUGCGCCGGGUGAAGCGGAAGAAUACCUACUGCUCGUGUCGGCUGGGGUUCUCUCUGCUCGGACUCUCCUACUAUGUUCUCGGCCAAUCACCGUCCAGGCGUCACUCCCUCCAAUUCGGUGUAUGUCAUCCCUGUGCAAGAGCUGUUACAGUGUCCUCUCAGCUCCCGAGGUCCUGUCAUGUCCA